AUGCCUGAGUGCGCCUUACCGCUACCAUUAUAUCCUGUCUAUGCAGGCCUUACUGUUGAACCGGUGGAAGCUGUUAACAUUGGGCUUGAACCUAUAGGACUAGAACUUGCUAAACUUGAACUUAUAGAGCUGGACACUACUGAACUUGAACCUGUUGAGCCAGAACUUGUUAAGCUUGAACCUAUGGAGCUGGAAACUAUCGGACUGGAGCCUAUAGAGCUUGAACUUGUUAAGCUUGAAUUUAUUGGGCUUGAACCUGUUGGGCUUGAACCUGUUGAGCCAGAACUUCUUAAGCUUGAACCUAUGGAGCUGGAAACUAUCGGACUGGAGCCUAUAGAGCUUGAACUUGUUAAGCUUGAAUUUAUUGGGCUUGAACCUGUUGGGCUUGAACCUGUUGAGCUAGAACUUGUUAAGCUUGAACUUAUGGAACUGGAAACUAUCGGACUGGAGCCUAUAGAGCUUGAACUUGUUAAGCUUGAAUUUAUUGGGCUUGAACCUGUUGGGCUUGAACCUGUUGAGCUAGAACUUGUAAAGCUUGAACUUAUGGAACUGGAAACUAUCGGACUGGAGCCUAUAGAGCUUGAACUUGCUGGGCUUGUUUCACGAGUUGCUGUAACUCCGGAUACAUUUUGUGAUGAUGUCAUUACGGAACUUGUGUUGUUGAUUGGGAUCUUUGAUAUUAAGCCAAGCGUUGGUAUUAACAGACUAGAGUUAGUUUGCGAUGGAGUUAUCGUAUGUGUGGUUGUUAUUAACGAUGGAACUAAGUUAGAUGUCGUAGGCUGUGCGAUUUCU